AUGGCUCAUCUAACACGGGAAGAAGUCCUUGAGUCGGGUGAGGUGUCCGAAAUAUACAGAAAGGCCUUCACAGCCCGCCCAUUCCAAACAACAGGCCCAGACUUCUUCGCCCACCGCGCCUCCCGCGCAGCCCACCUCUCGCAGCUCCGCCACCUCUACCCCAUCCCCGGUGCCAUCCCAGAGCACGUGACAGAAAGCCUCCUCGACGUGCCCACCCGAGAUGGAGCCUCCAUCCGCGUCAAAGUGUACCAGCCUGUUGCUGGUCCGCCGGAGGAUGGCAGCCCACUGAUUAUGAUGUACCACGAAGGAGGCUGGAGUAUGGCACCCGAGCACAAAUUCCCAACCGGCGUCCACGACUGCCACGACGCCCUCCUCUGGGCCAUCAAAAACAGCGACGUACUCAACGCAACACCCACCCGCGGCCUCCUCGUAGGCGGCGCCUCAGCCGGCGGCAACAUCGCCGCCGUUCUUGCCCUUCUCGCCCGAGACACAGCUUUAAAUCCACCCAUAACAGGCCAAUACCUCUGCGUCCCCGCACUCCUCCCCCACACAAACGUUCCUGCCCACCUAAUCCCCCUCUACCAAUCCCGCUCAGAUAAUACAUCCGACCCCGUACUCAAAGAUAUGGCACCAGGAUUCAUCGAAUCUAUCUACGAACCACAGGAAGAGUCACCGCUUUGGGACCCGUUCAACCAUCCAGACGGACAUGUGGGUGUCGCGAAGGCGUUUUUCCAGGUUAGCGGGCUGGAUCCGUUGAGGGACGAGGCGGUGCUUUAUGAUAGGGCUCUGAGGGAGAGUGGGGUGUUAACGCGGUUUGAACUAUACAAGGGGUUUGGGCAUAUGUUUUGGACAAACUAUCCGGAGUUGAAGGAGAGUAGAGGGUUUGUGGAGGAUACGUUGGAGGGGGUUAGGUGGUUGUUGGAGAGGUAG